AUGUAUGUGACUAAGCCUCUCUCUUUGUACAGAGAGUCCCCAAACUCUCUCUCACUGCCCCCACCUGAAGGACCCAAUACAGGGUAUCUAGUGAUCCAAGAUGAAGAAUCUGUUGAAACUUGUUGUUUUGGAUUGUGCAAAGACCCCAAGAUCAGAGAAUUCCCAUUCCCUCAAAACAGGAUGCUGACAGUCAAAUAUGAAGAGGAAUAUGGAGACUCCUCAUGGGAGAAAUGCUUCCAUGUCUACUUCAUUCCAGUCCUGAAUCAGCCUUUAUCAUCCAACAAAUACUAUGUUAUAAAAGCUCGAAGGAAACAUAAAGGGGAAGCAUACACAAGUUCUACAGAGGAGAACAUGAUAAACUGUUGUUUCUGCAAGUGUGUGAAAGAUGUGAAAACAAGAGCUUUGGAUCAUCAAGAUCCAUAUCAGCAAUUUGAAAUCACUCAUAUGCAACAUUGCUGUACUAAAGGUUAUGUGGCCAAGUCUGUUGCUCCUGAUGGGUUUCCACCAUACUUCUUAAGGAGACGAGAAGGGUGGGAAAUAAGUACUUCAACUCCACUUCAGCCCCCGUUAGGCGAGGCUAAUGGCCUCAACGAAUCCUUCCGUGCCCAGCUUCCGAAAUUCGACUUUCCUCUAUCAAGUAAAACUUCUGAGCAUUUGGUCAUAGGGAAGUGGUACUGUCCUUUUAUGUUUGUAAAGGAAGAAGUUAAGUUUGAAAGAUCAUUAAUGUUUUAUGAUAUGACACUUGAACAAAAAUGGGAAAAGAUUUAUGAAUGUGAUAAUGAUCUCAGCAAAAACAAUGCUGUGAUGUUGGAUUUGCCUGUUCAGACUGAAGUUGCAUUGCUCUUUGGCAAGGAAGCUGUAAACGAUGACUCAGAUGUAGUUGAUGGGGUGAUGUGGUUUAGAUCUCUUACUAAUACAAAAGGAAAAGGCUCUAGUGUGGGAUUGAGUUUAGCAAUCAUAGAGAGGAUGAAAUGGGAGCAAGAAAGAUUGUGUUGGAUGGGUGGACAGCAAAAACAGGUGAGGAUUGAAAGAGUUGAGGAAUUUGGAGAGAAGAAUGGGUGGAAAAAGUAUGCUUGUUAUAUAUUGGUAGAGAGGUUUUCAUUGACAAGAAUGGAUGGAAGUUUGCUGCUGACUUAUGAGUAUAGGCAUACCCAUCAACUUCAUAGUAAAUGGGAAUGAGCCCUGGUAUUCCUUAUAGAUUGCAAUCUAUAUAAGCUAAAUUAUUUGAGAUCUGAAUAGUAUCUUAUUGUGUUUUUUGAGUGUAGAUCAAGUAAAUAUAGGUUGGCUUUUAAGUUUGUACUACCUAAUUUCUAU